AUGGGCAAUCAUAUCUCAUACACCGCCUCUGAAUGCGAGGUUCAUCUUCCUGAUAAUGCUGGUUCUCUCAAAGGUCUUCAGUUCGAUUCCAAGUCUCGCAGAUUCGCGGGUGUUCCUUACGCUCAACCACCAACACAAAAUCUACGAUGGCGCAAACCGCAGCCUUUUCCCAAAAAUCACAUCUACGGUGCUCCGUUUGACGCGACACAAUUUGGUCCAGUUUGCCCUCAGGCGAAUUACUCCAAAAAUGUCAGCGAGCACAUUCCCAAGCAUGCAUACAGCGAGGAUUGUCUAAGACUCAACAUCUGGACACCUGUACCUGAUCCGGAUGUCCCAAACCCAAAAUGGCCCGUCAUGGUCUGGUUCCAUGGAGGCUGGUUCCAGGUCGGCGAUCCUAGCCAAGAAGAAAGCAUGGAUCCCACUGAGCUCAUCUCGACUGGUAAACUACAGGCUAUCUUUGUAGCCGUGGGAUACAGACUAAACGUCUUUGGCUUCCUCGCUGGUGAAGCUCUGCUUGAGGAGUCAGGAGGCGCAGCCGUAGGAAACUAUGGACUAUGGGAUCAGCGUCUUGCUAUGGAUUGGGUGUACGACAACAUCUCAGCUUUUGGAGGUGAUCCGGGAAAUAUCAUCCUAGCUGGUCGAAGCGCGGGAGCGUAUUCAGUCCUUGCCCAGACUCUUUACGACUUCAGAGGCACAGAUUCUCAAAGCCACUUCACGCGGAUGAUCAUGUACUCAAAUGCCAUCCCAACACAGCCCAAGAGUGUUCAAGACUGCGAAGAGCAGUUCGAUGAGCUCUGCGAGUACUUUGACAUAUCCAAAGAUCUGGCAGGGUCAGAGAAGCUAGAGUGUUUGCGAAACAUCACUUCGGAUGAUCUCUCUUCAGCCAUCAUGGAGUUGAAGAACCAUACAUUCCGUCCAGUCACUGACAAUCUCUUUAUCCACUCUGGAAUCUUUGACUAUUAUCGCGAUGGUUCGUUUGCGCGUGAAUUCAAAAAACGCGACUUGAAGUUGCUGAUAGGCGAGGUUCUUGACGAAGACACACUCUACGCCGCCACAAACCCCCCAAAACCCGAUGUUUCUUCGUUGCGUGUUCAAAUAUCGAACUACUAUCCCCCGCACGUUACAGAUCGUCUUCUCAAGCAUUACACAAUACCUCAGACUAAGGACAAGGAGGCUUGGCAGAAAAUCUUUGGACGUAUCGUUGCAGACGGUCAGGUCAGAGCGCCAUCACGAUAUCUAGUUGACAAUCUUGUACGGAAUGGCGUGGGCAUAAAGAAUGUCUGGAGAUAUCUCAUUGCGUACCGAUUGUCAUUUAUAAACAACAAUGUCGCGCCAGCGUCGUUCGGUGUAAGCCAUGCGAUGGACCGUCCCAUCUGGAAUUACUCCAUUUCUCACAAUCCCACACCAGAAGAAAGGCAACUCAUGGAUGAGUGGAUCGCUGAUCUACGCGCGUUUGUCAAUGACGAGGAUGGAUUUGACUACGGCACUUCAGAAGCUACAGAGUAUAAAGUGAUGCAGCCACAAGGGACAAUUGGGAUCGAGACGGAUGGACGAUGGGAAGAACUUUUGCAGGUCAUGGACAUCUUUUCCGCUUGA